CGCAGAAGCCGGGAGCGGCGCUUCGGGCUGGAACUCUAGUGGGUCUGUGGCCGAGGCCGGGCAGCAGCGUUCUUCCGCGCGCUUUGGGUCCCUAGCCACGAUGAACCGGUGCGCCGAGGCGGCCGCGGUGGCGGCCACGGUGCCGGGCUCAGGCGUCGGGGACGCGGGGCUGCGGCCACCCAUGGUGCCCCGCCAAGCGUCCUUUUUCCCGCCGCCAGUGCCCAACCCCUUCGUUCAGCAGACACGGAUCAGUGCGGCCCGACGGCUGCAGAUUUUUCUUCUUGGAAUUAUUCUGCUUCCAGUCCGUAUAAUAUUGGUUGCAUUAAUUUUGUUACUGGCAUGGCCAUUUGCUGCACUUGCAACAGCAUGCUGCCCUGAAAAGUUGACCCAUCCGAUCAGUGGUUGGAGGAGGAAGAUUGCUCAGCCAGCUUUGAAGUUUCUGGGCCGCGCCUUGUUCUUCUCCAUGGGGUUUGUGGUGACUGUGAAGGGGAAGAUCGCCAGCCCCGCGGAAGCACCCAUUUUUGUUGUCGCCCCUCAUUCAACGUUCUUCGAUGGAAUUGCCUGCAUUGUAGCUGGGCUGCCUUCUCUGGUGUCGCGCAAUGAGAAUGCACAGACCCCUCUGGUUGGCAGACUGUUGCGGGCUGUGCAGCCGGUUUUGGUGUCCCGUGUCGACCCAGAUUCCCGAAAAAACACAAUAAAUGAAAUCAGAAAACGAGCGACAUCCGGAGGGGAAUGGCCCCAGAUACUUGUUUUCCCAGAAGGUACUUGUACUAAUCGCUCCUGUUUGAUUACUUUUAAACCAGGAGCCUUCAUUCCAGGAGUUCCAGUGCAGCCCAUCCUCCUCAGAUACCCAAACAAACUGGACACUGUGACCUGGACGUGGCAAGGAUAUACAUUCAUCCAGUUGUGUGUGCUUACUUUCUGUCAGCUCUUCACAAAGGUGGAAGUUGAGUUCAUGCCUGUUCAAGCACCAAGUGAUGAGGAAAAAAACGAUCCUGUUCUUUUUGCCAGUAGAGUCCGGAAUUUAAUGGCAGAAGCUCUGGCAAUACCAGUGACGGAUCACACCUACGAAGACUGCAGGCUGAUGAUCUCAGCGGGACAGCUCACAUUGCCUAUGGAAGCUGGGCUGGUAGAAUUUACAAAGAUUAGCCGGAAAUUGAAGUUAGACUGGGACGGCAUUCGCAAGCACUUGGAUGAAUAUGCCUCUAUUGCUAGUUCCUCCAAAGGAGGCAGAAUUGGAAUCGAAGAGUUUGCAGAAUACUUAAAGUUACCUGUUUCUGAUGUCCUGAGACAACUUUUUGCACUCUUUGACAGGAAUAAUGACGGCAGUAUUGACUUCCGAGAGUAUGUGAUCGGCCUGGCUGUCUUGUGCAACCCUGCCAACACAGAAGAGAUCAUCCAGGUGGCAUUUAAGCUCUUCGAUGUUGACGAGGAUGGCUACAUAACAGAGCAGGAGUUCUGCACCAUUCUGCAGGCUUCUCUUGGAGUGCCUGACCUUGAUGUUUCCGGUCUCUUCAGGGAAAUUGCCCACGGGGACUCUGUUUCCUAUGAGGAAUUCAAAAGUUUUGCCCUAAAGCACCCAGAAUAUGCCAAGAUCUUUACAACGUACUUAGACCUCCAGACAUGCCAUGUCUUUUCGUUGCCAGAUGAAGUCCAGACAGCUCACUCUGGUGCUAGUAAUAAAGUCAGCCCUGAGAAGCAUGAGGAGGGCGCCUCAGACAAAAAGGUCGAUUGAGUCGGUGUUCCCAGUGAAGAAAGCUCUGCUCCAGCCUGUCUUUGGGAAGGGGUUUGUUGGCAGCAUUGGACAUGUGCUUAUCAACUAAUGAUGUUCAAAACAGAAAGCUUUUUUACUAAAAUGACAUAUUUUCUUCCUAAAAUGCUUUUAUUAACCUUCAUAUAUCAAGUAAGUUCCUUUUGUCUUACAUUGUGCUCUUACUGGUUGCUUUAACUGGCGAUAAAUACCGUAUAUUUUUGUGAAUUUUUCAGUUCAGUUUUCCUAAUAAACUCACUGGUCUUCCUCUGUA